CUGGACUUACCAAUAUAUUAAGUAUAAAAGACACGUAGCUGCAUUUUCAUAAAGGGCUCUCGUAUUUUUAUAAUCUGUUUAAUGUCGUCCGAAAAAGGCAAGUAAAUCAUCUGAAUUCAAAUUUCUGUUUGUCCAAUUUUAGGUUAAAGCCCUGUGUUCUUUUAUAUGCCAGAUUUAACAGAUGGAAUCAAACGCUGCAUCUGUCAGACGUCAGGAAAGAAAUAGUAUCUUGAAAAAGUAUUAUGGAAUCAAUGGUAAAGCUGUAAAUAAUCAAACAGUCGUAGAGGAAAGGCCAUUUGACUUGGAUGCAGACACGUUUAAUUCUAGCAAAUAUUUUGCUAAUCUACUCAAAGAAAAGACCCUGAGAGAACUUAUGGAAGCUGACAACUCGCUCGUCGCAGAAAUACGAGAAAUUGACGGUGAUAUGAAGACUCUGGUUUAUGAAAACUAUAGCAAGUUUAUUAGUGCAACAGAUACGAUAAGAAAGAUGCGGUCUAAUGUUGAAAACAUGGAAUCUGAAAUGAGCAAACUCAAAGAGAAUAUCACCACUAUAUCCAAUCAAUCCAAAUGCAUCAAUGAGACUUUGAGUCCUAAUCGUACAAAGAUCCAGCAGUUAUCUACAGCUCAUAAUUCACUCAAAAGGCUUCAGUUUCUCUUUGACUUACCAAGUCAGUUGCAACACUACCUCAACAGGGGCAAAUAUCUACAAGCUAUACAGUAUUAUGCAAAGGCAAAGCGACUUUUGAACAACACAGCGGCAUUUAAAGGAAUAGAAGAAGAAUGUAAUGUUAUUAUGGAAAAGGUCAAACAGGAUAUUUGGUCACAGCUGCAAGAAAGAGAAGCUUCAUUGGAAAACGUUGCAGAGAAUACAAGAUUGUUGGUUUUACUUGGUGAAAACAAGUCUAGGCUAUGUAGAGAGUAUAUUGAUAUACAAACAACAGCGCUUCAGAGAAAACAAAGUGAACAAGCAGAGUCAUCAACAGUUGAUGAUAUACUAUCAAACUUUAUUAUACCAUUAGAAAAUAUCGUCAACCAUUUUGAUCACUUAUUCUUAACCAAAGAUGACCUUGAUUCGGCUGAAAAGGAGGAAGCUAAACAGAGCUUAUUAUAUGCCAUUCAACCAUUCAUUGACGCAUUCUUUGUCUUAGUCAAAACAUUUAUGCAGUUACCCAACAAAAUACCAGAUGAUCCACCUAAACAAAUAGACUACCUUUGUCAACUUAAGGAUGCCAUAUCCAGCCGUGCAGUAUCUUUGGAUUCUAUCACUGGUAUUAGCGAACGUAUGGAUGUACUUGGUGCCAAUUGGAAGAACGAAUUGAUAAACAGGAUAUUUCGUACUGCAAUUGAUGGCGUGAGGGACCGAGUUCAAGAAUUCAUAAAAGAGAUCAAGAUGAUGGAUAAUGAUACGGAUAGAAUGAUCAAGUUUAUUCAGGAUACCCAAGCAUGGCUAACAGAUCAUGUAACCAAGUCAUGUUUAUUACCCUUGAAGACAUACUUUGCUAAAGAAUCACCAGAUCGAGUGAGACAUGGCUUGAGAUCAGUAUGGGAAGAUAUUACAAACGUGUUUCAGAGUGUUGCAAAGAAUGUAAUACUUGAUAGACAUCUACUGCAAAUCGUAAUGCUAGCCAUUUCUCGUCUCUGCUAUGACCUUGCUGACAACAGUGUAUAUCAAACAUAUACCAUUUUUUCAUAUGAAUUUUACAUAAAGACACAGGAAGUUGGGUACCGCGCACCAUCCCUGGACCCAACCGUUAUACCGGAUAUGAAUGCUGUGAUUGAACAAUGCUUAAAUGUUGGUCAGUCCUUGCUUAAUCAACAAAUUGUUCAUGACGGAUACCGACUAUCGACGAGAGUACAGGAAGCUUAUUUAUUUAGGGAGCCAUCAUCUGUUGUGAAUCAAGUAUCACCUGUGUGGAUCACCAUCUUUCAACAGUUGAAGCAGAUUGAAGUGUUAAUGAGCGCCUUGUUUCCUCAGCAACAACAAGAGGAAAAAGACAAGGAUAUGGAAGAUGAAGCUUCUGCUACGUUAUCUACAGCAACGGAAGGUGUCAUUGAACGAUUUGGUAUUGACAUGAUGAUGAAUUAUAGUAUAGAUAAAUUAUUUGCAGAGAGAAUUGAGGUCUAUCGAAAAUUGGAACCUACUCCGGCCUCAGUCUAUCAUGGCUUAGUGGUUAUUCUUUUGAAAGCAUUUUUAGAAGUAACGAGACAGAUACAGAUGGAUACGGUCAUGUUUCAGCAAAUUCACGUUGAUGUAGAAUAUAUCGGAAGAACGGUCUGGUCAUUUGCAGGAGAAGAAAAAUGGGUCAUAACACUACUUCAAGAAACUAUUUCCAGUGCUUACACGAGGUGUGAAUCACCAAGUAAACUAAGCUUGAAUGAGCUGGAAAUUAUUCUUUCUCUACAAUAAAAGGGGGAAUGGCUGAUAAAAAGUGUAUCUGGUUCACUGAGUCUCAAAAAGUUUAUCUACAAAAAAAUUCAACCACUGCAGUAUUUUGGUUGAUCUAAAAAAAUAAAUUUCAC